UUUCCAGUGGGAGGAGGGAGGACGCGGACUUUGUUCCCCGAGCUCUGCCUCCAGAUGACCUCAUGCCGGGGAAAAGAGGAGGAGAAGAAGUAGGAAAAGGAGGAGUCCGCGGCGUGCUCGUAGUCUACCUUGCUGAAUCAAGCUGGGUCUGGGACUGAGUUCGUGUGGAAGUACGCUGUAAGAACCGGGAGAACUUUUCCCCCCCCUUUUGCCGGCACUGUGAUCUCCAUGACAUUUACCAGGGGCCUUAAAGAGAGGAUUCCAGGAACCUCACCAUGUUCAAGGCUGUGCUGAAGAAGAAUAGAGAUGGAGGCAAAGGGAACAAGAAGGAGUCGGGUGAUGUCAACAGUCAUGGUGCACAAAGAAGAUUCCCACCUGAAGGAAACCCCCUGCCUCAGGGGCCUGGCAGCAGCCACCUUUAUGUGCAAGAUGAUGCACUGAAGUUAGGAUUUGCCAAGGGAGUAUCAAUGUCUCUUCCUUCCUCACCUCUUCUUCCACGACAGUCCUACAUGAUGCCCUUACGCCAAAACAAGAGAUCUCCAGGCCCGACCAGGAAGCCCAAAUAUGUAGAGAGCCCUCGCGUUCCUUCUGAUGCCAUCAUGUCAGCACUCAGAAAGGUGGCUGAUAGCAAGGAUUCCUCCCACAGUGAGCUGCAAGCGGAGCAACAGCCAAGCUCCUCCUCUCCUGCCACUCAGGAACUGAUGACAAGGCUGGGCUUUUUACUGGGAGAAGGGAUCCCGGGCACAGCACGCAUACCUAUGGACGACAAGAAUGAAAAGAAGUGCACUCUGACCAGCCAGGGAAUUAGCCCCUGCUCCACCCUGACCAGCAGCACGGCAUCUCCCAGCACCGACAGCCCAUGCUCCACUCUCAACAGCACGACAAGUCGUCCCCCACUCAGUCGUUCCAGCCCCUGUGGGACCAUCACCAGCCCCAGCUCCACUCUGGAGAGCAAGGACAGCGGGAUCAUAGCCACCAUCACUAGUUCCUCAGAGAAUGACGACCGCAGCGGCUCCAGCCUCGAGUGGAGUAAAGAUGGCAGCCUAAGGAGCACCGGGUGCCAUGGCUUGGCGCAGAGCGUGCGGGCUGACACGUGCUCUCCCGUGGUGGAAGAAGAGUCCAGUAGUGCCACGGCAACACCAGCUGACACCCCGUCGAGGACAGACCCGCAGCAGCAGCAGCCGCCGCCGCCCCACACACCAGCCGGAGCACAGGGGCCACCACGACCACUAGGUCACACAUCCGACGGGCCUAAUCCGUAUCCACCGCAGGCAUCAUCCUCCCUCAUAAUGCCGAGGCCAAACUCUGUCGCUGCAACCAGCUCCACCAAGCUGGAGGACCUGAGCUAUCUUGAUGAGCAGCGUAACACGCCCCUGAGGACGUCCAUUCGCCUGCCGUGGCACAACACAGGAGGGAGGCCACCGCAUGACCCUAAAGGACGCUUUGCUCCCUACAAACCUUCAGACAUCAUGCUCAAGCCCCUGCUGUUUGAGGUUCCCAGCAUCACUACAGACUCUGUGUUUGUCGGCCGAGACUGGCUGUUUCAGCAGCUUGAGGACAUGCUGAAGGCCAGCGAGUCCAGUGAAAACCACGGAGUGGUGGUGGUGGGCAGCGUUGGGUAUGGGAAGACGGCCAUUAUCUCCCGGCUGGUGGCGCUGAGCUGUCACGGAGGGCGCAUGCGCCAGAUUGCCUCCAACAGUCCCAGUGCCUCGCCUAAAAGUAGUGCGGGACAAGGCACAGAACUCCCCCUCAGCCAGCCGCCACAGCCCACUCCACCACCCAGUGCCACCAACACACUUAGCAGCAACAGCUGUCCAGGAACUCCUGAGAUGCAACGGCGCAGAGAGGAGGCUGUCAAACGGCUGGCUUCAAAGGUGGUUGCGUAUCAUUAUUGCCAGGCCGACAACACGUACACCUGCCUGGUACCAGAGUUUGUGCACAGUAUCGCAGCUUUGCUGUGCCGAGCCCAUCAGCUCACUGCCUACCGAGAGCUACUGCUGAAAGAGCCCCACCUCCAGAGCAUGCUCAGCCUGCGCUCCUGCGUCCAAGACCCCAUGGCUGCUUUCCGAAGGGGGGUCCUGGAGCCGCUGGGCAACCUUCGUAAUGAGAAGAGAAUUUCAGAGGAGGACCAUAUAAUUUUGAUAGAUGGACUUAAUGAAGCGGAGUUUCAUAAGCCUGACUAUGGAGACACCAUCGCUUCUUUCAUCACUAAGAUCAUUCCCAAAUUUCCUUCCUGGCUGAAGCUGGUGGUCACUGUCCGGGUUAACUUAAUGGAGAUCACCAGCCUUCUCUCGUUCUCUAAAAUCUCCCUGGAUGAUUUUACGGACAACAAAGAGAUCACUAAUGACCUCAAUUCCUACAUCCAGUACCGGAUCAACAGCAGCAAGGACAUCAUGAACAACAUCAGCCUGAACGGCAAGGCUGAUCCCGGCACUGUGACCAAGCUCAGCGGCCACCUGACCUCGCGCAGCCAGGGCUCCUACCUGUAUCUGAAGCUCACGCUGGAUCUCUUUGAGAGAGGCCACCUGGUGAUCAAAAGUGCCAGCUACAAAGUAGUGCCUGUUUCGCUGGCUGAACUGUACCAGCUCCAGUGCAACAUGAAGUUCAUGACCAACUCGGCCUUCGAGCGGUCCCUGCCUAUCCUCAACGUGGCUCUGGCGUCGCUGCACCCGAUGACGGACGAUCAGCUGUUUCAGGCCAUCAACGCCGGCCACGUCCGAGGGGAGCUGCAGUGGGAGGACUUCCAGCAGCGCAUGGAGCUGCUCUCGUGCUUUCUCAUCAAACGGCGAGAUAAAACGCGCAUGUUUUGCCACCCGUCCUUCAGAGAGUGGCUGGUGUGGAGAGCUGACGGAGAGAGCACAGAUUUCCUCUGUGACCCCAGGACUGGCCACGCUCUGAUGGCCUUUAUGCUGUCACGCCAAGAGGGGAAACUGAACCGUCAGCAGACGAUGGAGCUGGGACACCACAUCCUGAAGGCACACAUCUUCAAGGGUCUGAGUAAGAAAACAGGCGUUCCAUCUAGUGUGCUUCAAGCUUUAUGGAUCAGCUGCAGUGCUGAUGGUCUUUCUGCAGCCUUGGCUUCCCUGAGGAACCUCUACACACCAAAUGUCAAGGUGAGCCGCCUGCUGAUGCUGGGAGGGGCGAACGUGAACUACCGGACAGAAGUCCUGAACAAUGCCCCAGUGCUUUGUGUUCAGUGUCACCUCGGUCACCAUGAGAUCGCCUCACUUCUGCUGGAGUUUGGCGCCAGCGUUGAUGUUGUGUCUGAAAAUGGGAUGAGCCCAUUGAGCUUCUCAGCCGCUGGAGGACACCUGGGUUUAGUCAUGUUGCUCUGCAAGCGGGGGGCCAAGGUGGAUCACGUAGAUAAGAGCGGCCAGUGUGCUCUGGUCCACGCCGCGUUGCGUGGACACUCCGAGAUCAUCCAGUACCUGCUGGAGCUUGAAUGGAGCGGUGAGGGGCAGCAGCAGGACUCCUCUCUGAAGAACAAAGCUCUGCAGCAGGCUUUGAUCGCAGCCUCGAGCAUGGGACACACACAGGUUGUGAGAGCCCUGCUGGCGCUGAAAAAUGAGCAUGCUGUGCAAAUUGAUAGUCAUGACACUCUGUGGGGCGAGACAGCUCUGACAGCUGCUGCAGGCCGGGGGAAGAUGGAGGUGUGCGGCUUCCUGCUGGAGCAGGGGGCGGUGGUGCAGCAGGUGAACCGGCGGGGGGUGUCUCCCCUGUUCUGCGCUGUCAGACAGGGACACUGGCAGAUUGCAGAGCUGCUGCUGCAACACGGUGCUGACAUUAACAUCAGCGACAAGCAGGGUAGGACGCUGCUCAUGGUGGCUGCCUGCGAGGGUCACCUGAGUACAGUUGAGUUCCUGUUGUCUAAAGGUGCUUCUUUAACUUCGAUGGACAAAGAGGGACUGAUGCCUCUUAGCUGGGCGUGUUUGAAAGGACAUAAGAAUGUGGUGCAGUUUUUGGUGGAGAAAGGUGCGGUCAUCGACCACACGGACAAAAACGGACGGACGCCGCUGGACCUCGCCGCCUUCUACGGAGAUGCUGAGAUUGUCCAGUACUUGGUAGAAAGAGGAGCAGUGAUUGAGCAUGUGGACCACAGUGGGAUGAGACCUCUGGACCGGGCCAUCGGAUGCAGGAACACGUCAGUGGUGGUGACUCUGCUGAAGAAAGGGGCCAAGCUGGGCUACAGAACGUCUCCUUACGAUCGAUCAGGGAAUGCUGCCUGGGCCAUGGCUACUUCCAAGCCUGAUAUCCUCAUCAUUCUUCUGCAGAAGCUGAUGGAGGAGGGAAACCUGCUAUACAAGAAAGGGAAGAUGAAAGAGGCGGCUCAGAGGUACCAGUACGCCCUCAGGAAGUUUCCUCGGGAAGGCUUUGGUGAUGACCUGAAGGCUUUUAAAGACCUGCGGGUCUCUUUGUAUCUCAAUCUCUCCCGGUGUCGCAGAAAAACCAAUGAUUUUGGGAUGGCUGAGGAAUUUGCAACAAAAGCGCUGGAGCUGAAACCCAAAUCCUACGAGGCCUACUAUGCCAGAGCCAGAGCUAAAAGAAGCAGCAGACAGUUCACUGCAGCCCUGGCCGACCUGCAGGAAGCAGCCAAACUGUGUCCGAAUAAUCGAGAGAUCCGUCGUCUCCUGGCUCGAGUUGAAGAGGAGUGCAAACAGAUGCAGAGAGCGCAGACUAAAGGCAGCUUCGCUGGAGCUGCGGCUGCUUGCAGCCAGGCAUCAGGAGGCCACGAAUCUGAUCCAGAGCAGAAUGAGAGCCAGAUUGACCCGUCAGAGCACAGGCCGGCGAGGAGCUUGGAAGCCCAAAGAGACAUUCUGGAGGAGGAGGAAGAGGAGAAGGACGAUGACGAGGAUCCAGUGGCCUUGAAGCGCGACAGGACAGGUGAAGCCUGCUGGUCCCAGAACAGUUUCUCCUUCAACAGAGAAUCCACAGAUGUUAACAGCUGUGCGACCCCCACCUCCCCUCCGGGCCCCAGCAGACUCCCCCCACACCGAUACCCUCGAGAGCACCGGGAGGCGCUGGCCCAGCAGGCGCUGGUCCUGCAGCCCACCAAGCAGGCUCAGAUAAUAAAGACCAAUCAGCACAUGACUUCCAUGCAGGCCGUGGGGGGCCGCUCUGCUGGGGGCAAAUCUCAGUACGCACCCUCCAGCCCGUUGCCCAGCCGACACAUGUCCAGGAAGCUGAAGCCAGGUCCCGGUAUUGACAUAAGCCCCCUGCCUGCUCCGGCUGAUGAGCCAGUGUACGAGAACCGCAUGUUGCUGGGGGCCGCUUCCUCCUUCAUGGGUCAGAGUUGUGACAGCGACAGCCUGCUUUCUUCCCAGGCUUCGUACUUAUCCUGCAGCUCCUCCAAAGCUCUGGGGCCGGAGAGGCUGUCUGCCCACUCUGCUUCUUCUCUGGAGGGCUUGGCCUGCUCCGGCCCGGGACACUUGGGGAACCACGAUGCUGCAGCGGCGGGACCUCAGGGAGGAAGCGUCAACAGCAUGCGCGUGUCCAGCUCCACCAGCAGCCUGGCGUCCAGCAGCAGCUUGUCGGACAGCGGCAAACUGGGACCCGACGUCCGCAGCAAAAUCUCAGAGAAAAAGCACAAUCAGCAGGGCGGCGCUGGUGGGGAGUAUAAACCCAGACCUUUCAUGGGCAUAACUGACAAAACGGCUCGAUUUCAGCAGCAACAGCAGCCGUGCCAUCCGAGCCUUCAGUCAGUCAGUCGCAGCUGGUUUAACCACUCCUCUGACGGCUUGAUGUGCCACAACGUGUCGACGAUGGGUCUGCAGCCGGUCGACUGUGAGCUGUCUUACGGCAAAUCGGUGAGCACUUACCAGGAGCAGCACAAAGCGUCGCUGCCACAGGGUGGCGCCGUGAUGAGUGGCUUACACAAUGGCAUGCAUGCCAAGGAAUUGGAGAAGUUCUGCCAAGUGGCCAACUGCUACAAAGAGUCCAAGCCAGCGCUGGCCAUGCCGCAUACUUUCAUAGACGGUAACUCCAAGCAGCCUGGCCUGGGCCGAGAUAAUCCCGCCAUUCAUGUAGCUUCAAUGAAACCAAAGCGAUCCUUUAUAGAGUCGAACGUGUAGGAAUGGUUCAUCUCUCCACACCGUCCACAACGCACACAAGCAAAAAUCCAAAAUGAGGGACAAUUUUUUUUUGUUUUGUUUUGUUUUUUUUUUUAAACCAGCGCCAGAUUCCAGUUUCACCCGAGAUUUUAAGGAGUGCAGUUUGCUGGCUGCUUGUGCAUACAAACGAGCAGCUUAGAGUUUUACUCCUCUUGGUCUGCAGCUUCUGUUACACGACAGCAUGUCCGGCGUCAUUCAGCCAAGCUGGAAACAUUGCACUGAAGGUCUGCGGACACGACGUACAAUCCUGAUCGACGCAGCGAGACACGGAGCACGUUACACACACUUAGGCCAAGCAAGUGCUCCAACGGCUCACACAGUUACAAUAUGUUAUUACUGAACACACAGUUAGGCUUAAAAUGUGUUCACAUCUAUGGUGCUGAGUGGCUAGUUUCAAAAAAAGUUUCUGACCUAUUCACUUUUUACACACUUGUACAUAAAAUAAAAUAAAAAAUCAUUACUGAAAAGAGAAACUGCUUCUAGACUUCCUGUCAGGUCUGUCUUGUUCACUUUAAGUAUGAUUCGGUUCUAGCUUUUAACACUUUAAACGUGUCAUAAUAAAGGAAGACAUUAACAUUUGGUAGAUUACAGCUCAUCCUGGCGGAGGAAUAAUAAUCUUGUGAUUAUGCAACACAUUUUCUCUUCAAAUUUGAGGUCUACUGGAGCGAUUCAUGUCAUCUAUGUCUCCUACAGGAAUGUUGCUGAUUGUUGCAUUAGUGAUCUCUCAGAACACAGAUUUCCACCUUUCACAUCAGCAAGGUUCAAAUUAAUGAAACUCAUGAUUCAAAAGCAAAGUAAGGCCCCUCCAAGCUUUGUGUAAAUGUGUAAUCAGUGAACUUUGACCAUCGUGACUCAAGUUUUGGAGGGGAGAAGAAAGGACCAGCUCAUAACAUACAGCGUAAUUUCUGACAGCAAAACUACAACCAAUGAUUUUGCUGCUGCUGUCCUCUCUAUGGGAUUAAAAUCUUAGAGUUCCCAGAGUCAUUUGAGAGUAAAUUUCCUGAAUCUGAAUUGGCAAACGAGUGGAAUAAAAAAAAAAAAUUCAAUUAAGUUUUCCUUUAGCCCCACCAAAUUCCUUAGAACAAAAAACGUAAAAUGUUAAACAUUUAUUUUAGUUUGGUGGUUUAUGGUGAUGCAAUCAUUUUUAAUGUUUUUAAAGUUCCUUUUGCUUGAGUGUCGAGAUUGUUGCCGUUUAACAAUCUUUUAAUAUUAUAGUAGCACAAA